UGCUCCGGCGCGCGUUUGUCAGCCUCCUCUUCUCCUGGCAGGUGGUACCCAGGCAGAAUUCUGCCUUCAGUCUCUCUCUCGCUCGGCUCCCGGCCGUGAGGCGCUCGCCGCUGCUCGCCAGCUCCUCCGCUCCAGCCCGGAGCUUCGCCGAGCCGCCGGUGCCCAGCGCCGCUGCUCUGCGCACCCGGGGGGCGCCUGGUCUGAGCUCGCGCGGCCGGUGCAGGGUUUUGGGGGUGCGCAUCUAUUAGAGUUCUGGUGGUUGCCAAGGAGGAGGAAAAAAAAAAAAAAAAAAAAAGCAGGAGAAGGGCGAUCCCAGCGAGCGAAAGAAGAGGCAGAAAAAGGCAACUUCAGACGGAAAGUUGGUGCGAACUGGCGCAGUCGGCAAAAACGGAAAAGUCGAUCGCAGGCGGCGGCGGCAUAAAAGUGUGAGCGGCCCCGGCGAGCGCGAGAGGCGGCGGCUGCUCUGCCCUCCGGGUGGCCGCGCCGGCGCCCGCGGCAGCCACAGGUGCGAAGGGGCUCGCGGGAGGCGAGAGGGCGCCCAGCGCACCCCUCCCCCGCCCCCACCCCCAGCUUGGGACUUCUGCUCAAGUCACUUGGCGUCCGAGCUCCCUCCCCAGCCGCAGCCUCAGCGGGGGGAGCGAGAGCAGGCGAGGAGCGGCCGGCGCCCGCCCGCCCAGGGGACUUGGGGUUCGCAGGGGGUUGUUUUCGGCUCUGAGGAGGUCCCCGCCCAACCUUCAAAAUUUUGUCCAAAAGCAGACAAGAGGAUCGCCCCGCGCUGAGCCGGCUGGUGGGCAGCAGGAGGCGCCUGAUCGCCGCCGGGGCGCUGGGGGUGGUGAUGGUGCUGCUGCUGGUCAUCCUCAUCCCGGUGCUGGUGAGCUCGGCCGGCACGUCGGCGCACUACGAGAUGCUGGGCACCUGCCGCAUGGUCUGCGACCCCUACGGGGGCACCAAGGCGCCCAGUACGGCCGCCACGCCCGACCGCGGCCUCAUGCAGUCCCUGCCCACCUUCAUCCAGGGCCCCAAAGGCGAGGCCGGCAGGCCGGGGAAGGCGGGCCCACGGGGGCCCCCCGGUGAGCCUGGGCCGCCGGGCCCCGUGGGCCCCCCGGGCGAGAAGGGCGAGCCCGGCCGCCAAGGCCUGCCGGGCCCGCCCGGGGCGCCCGGCCUGAACGCGGCCGGGGCCAUCAGCGCCGCCACCUACAGCACGGUGCCCAAGAUCGCCUUCUACGCCGGCCUCAAGCGGCAGCACGAAGGCUACGAGGUGCUCAAGUUCGACGACGUGGUCACCAACCUCGGUAACCACUACGAUCCCACCACGGGCAAGUUCACCUGCUCCAUCCCGGGCAUCUACUUCUUCACCUACCACGUCCUGAUGCGCGGAGGGGAUGGCACCAGCAUGUGGGCUGAUCUCUGCAAAAACAACCAGGUGCGUGCCAGUGCCAUUGCCCAAGAUGCUGAUCAGAAUUACGACUAUGCCAGUAAUAGUGUGGUUCUUCAUUUAGAGCCGGGGGAUGAAGUCUACAUCAAAUUAGAUGGCGGGAAAGCCCAUGGAGGAAACAACAACAAAUACAGCACAUUUUCGGGAUUUAUUAUCUAUGCGGACUGAUCCUGCAAAAACGAAGCUUACUGUUCUGAGUUCGGACACUGGAUGCGUAUGGCUUUCGUCCGUGAAUCGAGAAUCAGGGGAUGCCAGACGCAGGGCACCUCAGUUGUGUAUAUGUGGGGAAUUCAAAAGCUACCUGACUCACAUCUGUAUACUCAGAAACAUUAUGUAAAAAAUAAUAUAUAUAUAUAUUAAAAGCAAGAUAAGCAGAUGUGUGAUCCA